GAGGUGUUCAGUGUCACUGGUGGAGGGAGUGCCCCCAAAGAAAAUGGUGAGUUUUUCGCUGGAUCCAUCCACUUCCAAUCUCCAGUAUGGGAGGCUCUCGAGCCGUCUGUUUUGGUCUCGACCACUAUUAGAUAUGGUUACUCUAUACCAUUUAUGUCCUCGCCUACGAGGCCGAAUAUGACGGAUCUUCUGCAAUCUGGUGUGGUUAGAGAAGUACCUGAGCCUUCGAUCGACAAUUUGCACGUACACCCCCUUUCAGUAGCUAAAGACAUUCGUUAUACUCGGGGAGUAGCCCGGGAAAUCGCCUCUGCUCAGAAUCUUGAGUGGCCUCUCAGACGCAGAUGGGCCAAGACAGACGAAGAGAAA